UUAUUCUUGGUUUGAAAAAGCGCGCGUAAUAAUCGUUUCUGAUUGGUUAUCUCCAUAUGAUAACCUUAGAAGAAUAGACUCCAUGAGAAUGAACUUAACCUUUGUAAUGUACAGUAUAGAAGUAACCAUCCUGUGAACUAUUUUGUUUAUGCAAGUGUUCAGUAUGCGUUUGCUACAUGGUUUGCGAAAAUCACGCAUGUUGUACACUGAUUAGCUUAUGCUUCUUUUUUGAUUAAUCGAUUGCACAAUAUUUUUAAUACAUUUAAUAUAAAAAAAGUUAUUGUCGACAAAAGGUUAGAUGUUUGAAAUGUAGGUCAUGCAGACCAUCCGCUGAGUAAUGUAAUGAAUAGCUGUGGGAGCUUUAAUACUAACACGAAGCUACGUGGACCGAGGAACUCAGAGACAGCAGAAGAGUCUCCUUGUAAUAGUCAAGGAAGUGAUACCGAUAAAGGAGACGGAGGUACUCUGACUAACUUUGGUAUCAACGAGUCUAAUGUCCAUCGUGGCACUUUGGUUAUUUGCCAACGAAAUUCCAACUAUUAUCUAUCGGAUCAUUCAUUUUCUAAGUUUAAACCGAGAAUUAGUGGGAUACCACGCAAUGAAUUUCGAAUGGCUCGUGGUAGCAGUUCAGGAGAUCGUGGUAGAGGAGGAUUACGUGGUCGAGGUUUUAAGAAAACAUGUGAACGUGAUGCAAAUGCUGAGUCCAGUUGUCACUCGGCACUUAAACCCAAGUUUCAAGAAUCGUUGAAAAAUCAAGAAAAUUCGCAGAACAAAUACUAUGACGAUAAAAGAAUAAAUGAUGAGUCCAGAAUUUCUAAACUUUUGAGGAGAUUAUGCCGUGAAGAUGAUUAUGAUCAUUUCAUGAUGCUUUGCAAACAAUUACAAGAAGGUAUACUAGCACCUGAAAAUCAAAGAUAUAUACGACGGAGCUUGGAGCAUAUUUGCGAAAGCUUAUUAGAUAUUCUACACUCUGGUCUUGGACCGGAUGCAAAGCAGCAUGUGACUAAAUGUUUAGGUCGUAUCGGAUAUGUGGUAGAUCAAGAUUUCAAAAGAUUUUUAGAAUGGACUUUUAGUAAGUAUGCCUUGGAAAGAAAAGAUGACAUUAAAUGUCUUCUAAUCAAAUCUUUUGUCGAAAUGCUCAAACUGGAUGCAGAAACACCAAGAUUAAAGGAAUUCUCAGUGUCUAUGAUGUCGCAAUUGCAAUCAACGUUGGAAAAUGUUGAUAGAUCAGAUUUAUUAGUGGCUACAGUGGAUGCCAUAUUAUUAUUAAUCGAAUCAUAUCCCGAGACUUUUUCCAGUCAUUUUCGUGAUACGGUCGAUAUUUUAGUGGGAUGGCAUAUAGAUUCAACUCAACAAAGAUCUAUCGUAGCUUAUGCGAGUAAAAGCUUACAGAAGUUACGGUCAUUUUGGAUUACAGAUUUACAGUUUACAUUGACAUUGUUAGGACAAUUUUUGGAAGACAUGGAAAGUUAUGAUGAAGAAUUAACUUCACCUGAAUCUGGUAGAGCUUCACCUGGCGAUGAAACAUUUCCGACACCUAAAGAAUGUAUACUUCGUAUCACAUCUUUAAUAUCUGUAUUUAAUACUGUGACCAAAAGUAUAUCUGAUCGUUUGAAUCCUAAUCUUACACCUAAUGUGCAGUGGUCCUUUUUAAUGGAUUGCCUAUCAAAAAUGUUGAAAACUGUAGUAAAAGCAAUUGAAGUAAAUGAAGGUUACGAGGAAUGGUCACAAAAUCUUGUCGCACCGCUUGAAAAUAAUGACAAUGUAAUUAGAUGCGCAAGGCAUAUGAAUUCGACUCAAAAACAUGUUGAAGUACUUUUGAAAAGUUUUAAUAAGGAAGAAAUCAGGGAAGAGAAUUUAAUAAAGAUGCUCAAAUGUUUAUACAUUAGCAAGAAAAAUGAUAAUAAAAAUUCUAAAACUGUUAUCGAUAAAAAUAUAUUUUCGAAAGAAAAGGAACAAUCUCUGAUGAACGUACUCGCUUCAAUGGAAUUUAAAAGAAAAAAAAAUAUUGAUUUAUCAGAAGAAAAAGAAGAACUGAUCGUGGUUGCAAACGAAUGUGCAUUUUUGCUUCUAGGAUAUAUUCAAAGUCGUGUGACUAAAAAUCAUGAUCUUCUUUAUAAAUUCAUCGAUCUUCAAUUGCAAAGAGUUAACAUGUUUUGGGACGACACUAUUAUUUCUAUGUUGAAUACCAUCUCUAAAGUGAUUAAAGAGGUAUCAGCUAAUUUACCUUUAGAACUGGUGCAUAAAUUGCUUGGAAAAAAUUCCACCUUAUUAAAGUUAAGAUUCAGAAAUUCUAUAACCAUUCAAAAUGCUAGCCUUGGUGUAUAUCACAGCCUUUUGAGUUUAAAGAAUAUUCCAUUGCUUCAAGAGGCAUACAGAUAUAUAUUAGCUGAUUUAGAAGUGGCUUACAAACUUAUAAGAGAUAUCGAUUGCUUAGUCAUAGAUAAUCCUUUCACCGAUGUGCAAUAUAAAAAGUCAGAUGCUGAAAUUGUUAUUAUUUUUAUUCUACGCGCACUUUCAGAUAUUGCAAAUGCAAGUAAUUCGAUAAUUGGAAUGUGGGCGUUAAAACCAACAAUAUUAGAACUCCUUGCUGUUAAAUUAAAACCAUAUGAUCCAGCAUUAUCUAUUGCCAGUCCAUUGUUACAGUAUAGCAUUUUGUAUCUGCUUUAUGCACAUUGUUCAAGGUAUAAUCAUUUUGUACCAAGUUCUAGUUUAAUAACAGGAAUAACUACAUGCCGCCCAAUAGAUAUGUUUCCUGGAACAUUAGAUGUACCAACAACGUCACCUACAAGUGGACAUUUAUCUAUAAUACUUAAUCUUAUAGCAAAAACAUAUAACAAGAGAAGUUCAAACAGAACGUUAUUACUUUUAUCUAAUUGGAUGCAAGAGAUUUGUAUACAGUCUGAAAAUUACAUUGGUAUUUUGAGUAAAACUCAGGAAUGUGAAAAUGUUAUUACCAGUUUAAUUGCUUGUGGUACUACAACAGAUUAUGAUAUUUUAAUCGCUAUUUGUUCUAUUUUUGAAAUUUUAAUGAGUUCAAAAAAUGUUGUCUGGCGAUACGAAAUUUAUUCAAGUAUUGUUGACUUUGCGAUGUUACAUCUAACUUCGUUCGACAAGCAUGUACGUGAAAAGUAUAGUCAACUGUUAAUGAACGUGCCUCUUAAUAUUGUUAUUCCAAAAUUAAAUAAAGAAUACUUACCGUCAGAAACAAAGAAAUUUCAAGAGAUUGAGAGUUAUUCAUUAGAAUCUGUAAUUCUCGCACAGAGAUUACACAUGAGAGGUAACAACAAUGGUGAAAUGCAAGCGCAAUAUUUUAAAACUUAUAUGGCAUUUUUAUUGCAAGAACAUUAUAUCGAUGCAUCUGGUUUAGCUGAAAUAUUUACUUUGUGCUGGCCGACAGUGUCUGAAAAUGAGAUAAUGACAAAAAUGCAUUCAUUAGCUCUCGCAAAUUGUUCUUUCUUAUUUUUUUGGUGCGGCCUUGAAGCUGCGCAACAUUGCGUAAUUAAUAAGCUGCGUACUUCUCUUGGGAAACCUCAAGAAACAUUCACAAGCAUUGAAGGAGCAUUGAAAAUUUUGGCUCGUGAGAUAUCAUACAAUUCAGAAAUAGUGAAGAAAGAUAAUCAUGGUUUAGAUUACCUGUUGCACGAACACACACGUGUAAGACUUUUUAUAGAAUUCCUAGAACAUUUAGAGAGAGUUAUUCACAAUGCUGCGGAAGGAUGCGCUGUGGCAUUACCACCCUUGUCAAAGCCAGUACGAACUUUCUUUCAUACUAAUAAAUCUACGUGCAAAGAAUGGUUGAAUCGCAUUCGUUUGGCUCUAUGCGUUGUUUCAUUACAUUCGGGAUUGGCAACAGUAGCUUUAAGGAAUGGUCAAAGACUUUUAGAAGAUUUAAGUAUUUUUGAGAAUACUCAAGGUAUAGAAUUUGAGAGGGCAACUCUUUGUACAGCUCAAGCUAUGGUCAUGUUAGGAGAAGCAGAAGCAUUACAAGGACUUUAUAUAUAUACAAAAGAAAAAGAUAGAAAGUUUCCUUGGUUGAAAGCAGCGAUGGAAGAAGCUGCUGGUCAUCAUGAAUCAGCAGCUGAUAAUUAUAAACAAAUAAUCGAAGAGCAAUGGUAUAACAUAGAUGAAGAUGUAAGAGGUGCAAAAAUAGAUGGUGAUAAUCAAGUGGCAACAUUUUGUAUGCAACACCUUACUAAGUGUUACAGAGCUGUCAAUGAUUGGACUCAGUUAGAAACAUGGAAAAUGAUAGAAAAUGAUAUCUUGAUGCAAGAAAAGAAUAUCCCCCUAAAGAAACAAAUGAUGGAAGACAUAGUUCCUCAGCAGGCAAAAUGUUUAAGAAAGUUUGAAACUGGAGAAAUUAUUUCCAUAGAAGAGUUGUCUAAUUGGAACCUAUUGGAUGAAGAAACCAGAACAAAUUGGAGCUGUGCUAAGACUAUUAUCGAAUGCAAUAACACUUUAACUAAUAUUGCAAUGAGCGCUCAUAUCAAUGAAUAUAAAACUUCGUUUGAAAAAGAUAUACAGAGAUGUCAGAAAGUUGCUGCUAAAACUAUGGAAGAAGGUUUACGAAAUGUACCUUCGGAGUAUUUAAGCGAUUCCAUAUUGAUACAAUAUUGUGCUACCGGUUUGAAAAAUUUACUAGCUGGAAAACAAAACAAUGUAUUUGAAUUAUAUAAAGAGGACAAAAUUAACAAUUUAAGUACCAGUAUAUUGACACAAAUUUUAUGGUGGUCAGAUUAUUUCUGUAAAACAAAUAAUUCUAUUUCCAACGAAGUGGCCAGUUUGAGAUUACACGUGGUUCGAAGUGCAAGAAAAGACGGCAAUUUUAAUUUAGCUAAACGAGAAAUGAUAAAGUACUUCGAAAUCGAACAAGACUUAUUCCAAAUCAAAGAUUUACAGGGUUGCAAUUUUACAGAGAUUAUAGACAAAAUGCUUACUGAGUCUCUGAACGUAAAAUGGUCGAAAAAUAAUAUGCGGGCAUUCAGAGAAUUUGCUAAAUUGCUAUACGACAUGGAAAAUAUAGAUGAGGCAUUGAAAGUAUGCAGUGCAACAGCGCUUGGAAUUUCUCGGUCUAUCGUAGGUGGAGAACAAUUAGCAGAUCUAAGAGAAACUGGAACUAAACUUUUGCUCACUCUUAGUAAAUGGAUACAACAGGAUACUAAUAUAACCGAUAAUCAUCAGUUAGAAGAUUUACUACGAUUCGAAGCUGUUCAUAACGAUGGCUUAAUGAAUAAAUUAUUUGGAGACACGACGGAUUUAAUACCAACAUCGGAUAUGAUUAUUGGAAAGUUAAUGCAGCUAGGCGUAAAUCAAUGUCCCGAUCUGCCUUUAGCAUGGUCCAGCUUUGCAGCCUGGUGCUACAAAUGGGGAAGAAAAAUAGUUGAUAAUUCUAAUUCUGGCCAACUUACAGAUACAGAUCGAAUAAAUAUACAAUCAUUGUUGCCUAUAGAUAUUGCUGAAAGUGAUCUUAAUGCGGUAUUUUCCAUAUUGAGCCAAAAUAAAACUAUUCCAGAAGAUGAGGGUGAUAUUGAUACGAAUGAUAUAAAUACAUCAGAGAUGAUAGAAAAUCAAUUGAGAAAUGUUCCAAUUUUAUGUCAUGCCAAUAAUGAACAUCUUGGAAUGUUAGUCGACAUAUGGAGGCAAGCACAGAAACGAAUUUAUUCUUAUUAUGAAUUAUCUGCUAAUGCUUACUUUAAAUAUUUGCAAUUAGCAAAUAAUGGAAACAACAAUUGUGAUACUAUUACAGCUACAUUAAGACUUUUACGACUUGUUGUAAAACAUGCUUUAGAACUUCAGAAUGUACUUGAAUCUGGACUUUCAACUACACCUACUGGUCCAUGGAAAGAAAUUAUACCACAACUAUUUUCAAGAUUAAGUCAUCCGGAAGCAUAUGUACGGACCCAAGUUUCCGAACUUUUAUGUAGAGUGGCAGAAAAUUCUCCUCAUUUGAUAACUUUCCCUGCAGUAGUAGGAGCUGUUUCUGGUCAAAGAAAAAAUUAUGACAAAAUGGUUUACGAAAGAAUUGAUCAUGAUAUUUCUCAGCACAAUGAUUUAGAUUACAUAGAAGAGGAUACUGAAUGUACUUAUAAUGAUGAAAACCAAGGCUUUAUGGAUGCUUGUUUCGCACAAUUAGUUGAUUGUUUAUCGAAUAGAAUCCCAGAUUCCGUUAGUCAAGUGAAAAUACUUGUAAGAGAACUUCGUAGAAUUACGUUGUUAUGGGAUGAAUUAUGGCUAGCAACAUUGUGUCAACAUCAUACAGAAAUUAGUAAGAGAUUUGAACAGCUAGAGUUUGAAGUUCAAAAAGUACAAGACAAUAUUUGGCUUACUCCAGAAGAGAAAGAUAAAUUAAUUGCUGAAAAGCAUAGGAUCAUAUUAAAACCAAUUGUAUUCAUCCUUGAAAAUCUCUUAUCAAUGACAUCUGUAUCGGCAGAAACUCCACAUGAAAAAAAUUUUCAAGAUAAAUUCGGCCCAACCAUUCAAGAAGUUAUUAGUAGAUUAAAUAAUCCAAAAAAUCCUGCUAAACCUCAAAUGGCUGCACUAUCCUUAAAACAUUUGGAAACAAAAUUAGCACAACGUGUACAAAAACGGACUGCUUAUUCAUUAUCGAUGACAGAUAUUAGUCCAAUCCUAGCUAAUUUAAAGGACACAUGUAUUGCUAUGCCAGGUGUUGCUGCUAUUGGCAAUAAAGUUGUUACUAUUAAAUCUGUUAAUAAUAACGUACAAAUACUACCAACUAAAACAAAACCAAAGAAGCUUAUGUUUCAUGGUUCGGAUGGUCAUACUUAUACGUAUUUAUUUAAAGGAUUAGAAGAUUUACAUCUUGAUGAAAGAAUCAUGCAAUUUUUAAAUAUAUGUAAUACUAUGAUGUCUAAAAAUAGCGAUACCAAAAAAGUUUAUAGAGCACGUCAUUAUUCUGUCAUUCCUUUGGGACCACGAUCUGGUCUUAUACAGUGGGUCGAUGGUGUUACACCAUUAUUUGUCCUUUACAAACGUUGGCAGCAGAGAGAAAGUGCUAUGGCAAAUAAAACUGGGAACACAGCAAUUUUACGACCUUCCGAAUUAUUCUAUAAUAAAUUAACACCAUUACUGAACGAAAGAGGAAUAGCAUUGGAUAAUAGAAAAGAAUGGCCUCUUCCAAUACUCAAACAAGUAUUAUCAGAAUUAAUGACAGAGACUCCAAAGGAUUUAUUAGCUAAAGAAAUUUGGUGUAACAGCAUUAACGCCGGAUGUUGGUGGCAAGCAACUAAAAAUUAUUCAUAUUCCGUUGCUGUUAUGUCUAUUAUUGGCUACAUCAUAGGCUUGGGCGAUAGACAUUUAGAUAAUGUAUUAGUUGAUCUGAAUACUGGAGAAGUAGUACAUAUAGAUUAUAAUGUAUGCUUUGAAAAGGGAAAGACUUUACGUGUCCCUGAAAAGGUACCUUUCAGAAUGACACCCAAUAUUAAAGCUGCGUUAGGUGUAACCGGUGUAGAGGGUAUAUUUCGAUUGGCCUGUGAACAUACCCUUCGAGUUAUGCGUAGAGGAAAAGAAACAUUGCUUACUUUAUUGGAAGCAUUUGUCUAUGAUCCUUUGGUAGAUUGGAGAGCUGGAGCUGAUAAUAGUAUCGCAAGUUAUGGAGCAUGUCAAGCUAGAGCAAGAUGUACUGGUAUAGGACGGAAACAAUUAGAACAGGAACUUACACGAGCUAUGUUUGCUGUUAGAAUUGCAGAAAUGCGAGCAGAAUGGCUUGCAAACAGGGAUGAAUUAGUUAAAACUUUUCCUUUGUUAUGUCAUCAUUUAACAUGUUGGAUUGAGGCUACUGAAGCAUCGCAACAGUGUCAAGAUUUAUUGCAAGAUAGACAUCAACAACUUGCUUUAGUAAAAGAGGCACAAGCAAUGGGACGUAAUCAUGUUUUAUAUUCAGUGGUAAAAAGGUAUAAUACAUUUAAGCGUGCAAGAGAUGCACAUGAAAAAGCCAGAAUUGGAUUGAAAGAAAAAAUAGAAGAAUGUGAAAAGCAAAUUAAUAUGCAUAAUAUCGCAUUGGCUUCCGUAAGAGGACCACAAUUAGGCCAAUGGUUAGCAGAAUUAGGAACGUCAGCUACACGAGAAGAUCAUGUUGUUUUUGAUCUUGUUAAAGAAUUUCUACAAAAUGCUGGUCAAAAUCAGAUGAUUAUACAGUGCGAGCAAUCCGAAAACGAAUUAACUCAAUUAGCUACUCAACAGUCUAUUCUUAUUCGUAGUUGUUUGGAUCUUAUGAGUCAAUAUUCAGCAAUAUGUAAUCUUUAUCCAAUAAGUAUCGUUUCGCAACACCGUACGAUUGUUUAUCAUGCUUGGGCAAAUAAGUUGUUGGCAUCACCAACGGUAGAGACUUGUCAUGAAGUAAUGAAUCAAUUUGAAGCAAAUUUUGGCCAAAUGAAUGGAAAUAAUUCUCAAGAACAAAUAGUAGCAUUUUCUUAUCAUAUGCAAGCUAUCUUAAAUGAAGCGAAUGAGAGAUUUAAAAAAGCUUACGAAAGGAUGGUUUCCGAAGGUCUACCAGAAGCCAUCAGUAGAAUCGAGAAGGCAUAUACGGAAUCAAGAGUUCAGAUCGCAGGAUUUUUAAGACGUGAAAAAGGUGCAGAAAGAGCAUUCGAAAGCGUUAAUAUAACAGCACUUUGUGCAUUAAACAAAAGAUAUUUAAUAAUGGAAGGAGCUGCUAAAUGUGCAGGAGAGUGUUUAGUUGAUCUUACAUCGAGAGAAGGAGAUUGGUUUUUAGAUGAAAUGAGAUUAAUAUCCUCUUUAAUAUCUGAAUUUAUUACAUUAAUACCAGAAAAUCAUAAAACAAACAAUGAUCCAAAAAUAUCCCUCGUAUUGAAAUGUCUUAAAAGUGCAGACUCCAUUUACAAAGGAUUGCAAGAACUUAAUUACAAUUUUCACACGAUUAUUUUACCAGAAGCCAUGAAAACAAUUAUCAUAGAAGAACCAACUGUAAUAAGAAUGAUUAACGAAUUAAAUGAAAUAAUUUUAUCGACAGGAAUACCUCUCUGUGAUAUUCUUGGAGAACUAGAAAUACACAUGAGAUUUACUGUAAUGGAAAUGGAAAGUCCACAUACUAUGAUACAAAACUUAGUAUCUAAUAUGAGAUCACGUUUUGAAACAUUACUAUCUAGACCUGCAGAUAUUCAAGAACUUAAUCACGACGAGACAUUAACACCUGGUCAAAUGCUUUUAAUGGGUUUCAAUGGAUUGUUUGAAAAGUUACAAAUGGAAGGUAAUGCUCUGGUAAGCACAUUAAGUUCCCUUGAUAUUCCAAUUAAUUGGAAAAAAAUCGAUCAAAUUAGAGAAGCUAAAGAAAUGGCUGGACCCAUAUUUAAUAAAGCAGCACGACAAGUUUUAGAAGAUAUUUUCCUGAUAAAGAGAUUAUAUACAAUACAAGAGUUUUUUAUAAUGUGUAGAGAUAUUGCAACAGCAUUUAAAGGGGAAAUUGCAAAUGUUUAUGACGAUGAAAGAUUAAAUAAACCAGUAAGAGUAUUUACUGCUGAUUAUGUCUCAAGACAACUCCUUGGAGUAACGACUCAAACAGUUGCCAUUGCAUUAUGCUUUUUAUUACAAAGAAUGGGAUUAAAUGUUACUACUGAGAUUGAACAAAGAGAUAUUGGAGCAGAGAGUAAAGUUUCACUCGACGAAUUAUGUAGAAAAAUGGUCGAUUUAUGUUUAAAACAAGGUCUUUUUACGGGAUCUGUUUUAGCUCAAGCUAGUACAUUGAGUAGUACGUUAGAAAGUACUUGGAGAAGAAAACAAAGCUCAAGAUUGGCACAACAAGGUGUUGAAUUGUCACGCGCUAGUGUACAAAGACUGCAACUCCAAUUAACAGCACAUAAUUGGUUGCACGAAGAUAAUUUUCUACUGAGAUCUAACAUGAGUCCCAUGAAUCCAUUAAAUCGUUCCGCGUUUAUGUUGGAAUUAAGAAAAACAGCUGCAGCUCUAUCCAAUUUACAAUCAAGAGUAUGUGAAGCACGCGAGCAGCAACAAAAUCUGGUAUCCAGCGCUAUUCAGCGUUUGAAAUGGGCUGCUGGUGCUAAUCCAGCAUUAGGCGAGGUCAUGUCAGCAUUUGAUAAUGCUGUAUUAUCUUCAUGCGAAAAAUUAACGCAACAACAUAAUCUCUCAGCAGCUGUUAUCAACACUUGUAAUUCUAUAUUACAUUACGAAGCAUUGAGGACUAGAACAUCGGAAAGCGUUACGCACGAUGCCAAUUUUAUUAAGCUUGUUAAGCAUUGGGAAGAGAGUUGUUUGUUAACAGUAAAUUUAACGAUUACUGUUAGUCCAAUAGAAGAAAGUCUUAUUGAAUUAUUACAGUUAGAAAACAAUGUUGACGUUAACUGGUUGAAACAAGCGGAGAAACUUAUUUCCGAGGCGAUUAUUGAUACGCAAAAGAAAUUACAAGAAAAACAAGAUAUUUUACGCAACGCACAUGAUUGCUUAAGAGGACGAGUGACAAGCCUUCAGAAUAUACUUGCAGAACAUCAUAAAUUAAUGUCUGACGUCCGAGUACUAUUAAAGACUAUGGUCAAACAAGAAAAUAUUGUCGGAUUGCAAGAAUUUUUAAAUACUUAUCGAUCAUUCACUGAAACUUUAUCUACGGUCGUGAAAGAAUUGGAAUCGGACAUUUUAGAUCCUAAAAGAGGCAUUGCCAUAAAGUCCGAAUUAGAAAACAUGGCGAUUAUGGUACCUAACUUAUAUAAUGAGUUGUUGGAAUUUGCUAGUGACCAUAGAUUGAAUUCGAAUAAAGGAUCAGAUAAGGAAUGUUCUCUUAAGAAGAGAGUUAAAUUAAUGAGACAAGAUAGCGUUUGUCUUAGUCCUAAAAAAGGAAUUCCUUUAGCUAGGGAUCCAACUACGGGAAAAGCUGUGCAAGAACGAAAUGCGUAUGCGCUAAAUGUAUGGCGACGCGUAAGAAUGAAAUUAGAGGGACGAGACCCACAUCCAACGCGUAAGUAUACAACGGCCGAGCAAGUGGAAUAUGUAAUACGUGAAGCACAAAGCACUGAUAAUUUAGCUCUCUUAUAUGAGGGUUGGACACCAUGGGUUUGAAGGAACGAAAGUAAACGCAAACGCGUUGAUGGUUAAUCUCUCGUCUCAUAUGGUACUACUAAUUUGUACCAUUCGGUGCUCUACAACGUAGAGGCAAAGACGUCUGUACGAUCAGGUGUAAUACGACCUAGUAUUUCACCUAGGAGAAAAGUCAACACAAGUCCGAUUAAUGGUCGGCUGUGCCAACACAACGAAAAAUCUUACGAGCUGACUAUAAAAAUACUCUGAGCUCUGAUUCUAUGAUUAUCUCAAAAUGAUCAUCUACGUUGUUCAUAAAAUCCUCUCCUAUCUUACUGGUCAUGGUAUUCUAUCAGAUUGCUUCAGAUACUCUACUUCAAUAAGCUCUAUUGUAUUAUUUGUUUUUGUUAAAUGGUGCAGAAGAAAACAUGUAUGUUUUUGAAAAAAUAUUUUUAACAGAGUAGAGUUCAGAAUACACAUAAUGUUGGGAAAUAGGGUGAUUAUUAUUGAAUGAAAAAAGAGAACAUGCAGAACGUAUUGAAAGAAAUCUUAUUGAAUGUUAAGCCUGAAAAAGUUUCGAUAAAAAAAUCAAGAUAAUGUAUAGUCACAAGUAAGAUGGGAUAUAAUCCAAAAGUUACAAAGUUGAGAUAAUACACAAGUGGAACAUGGUGGUCUGUGCGAUAAGAAGGUAUAUAAUAAAUGAUUAACAAAAAAGAGAAAAUAAUACUAUAAUGCCCAAUUGGUACAGGUAAAUAUUACGUUUGUUACGUAAUAAUUUAAUACAUUAACGUUGAAACGUCACUUGCAGCUGAACAAUAAUGGGAAGAAUAAUUUGAUCGGCAUUGGGUAUUAAGUUUCUUUUUCCUAAAGUUUAAGGUAUUAUUCUAAUCAAGGGUUUAUAAUGUUUGGAAAAAACAUAGAGUCUACCGGGUGUUUACAAUAAUGAAGUAUCAAUGAGAAAUAUAAAUGAGAAAAAAUGUUCAGCUGAGAAUCGUAUUGAGAAGAUCUAUAAAACGAUGUAAGUGUCAACGACUUAUGAUGAUCGUGAUAACAUCUAUGACUAUAAUGUACAGCAU